AUGUCCAAUGAGCCAGAUCUUUCGCUACCAUCAACGGCGCCAUCAAUGGCACGUUAUCGUGGGCACACACUUAACUUACCUCCAACGGCCUUGUACACUCUUGUCGAUUUGACCGAUGCAGAACUUGAAGAGUGUCAACGCGAGUGCGAAAGUAAGUGCGUCGAAUGUGAGAGGGAUCGGGGCACUUCCGUUCGUCUCGCUCCACAAUCGCGAUUUGUCGGCCAACCUUUGCGUGCUGCAUUUGAUUAUCACAUCGAUUUGGCAUCACAAAAUAUCUUUGAGCCCUUUUACUUUAUCGCCGUUGUCAAAAAAGACUGGAGAAGCAAAGGUGUCAUACUAGUCACACUGAACAAGAUGGAUGCCGAGGACUCUAAUUGUAAUGUUGAUUCCUUUCGUACCAGAGCUGCUGAUUCCGGCUUGAAUAUCGCAAACUUACAAAUUGCGAAUAUGGGUUGGGACGAAUUGAAAGAUUUCACUGGGCUACAUUCCAACGAAGGAGAUGAUGAAGACGAUAAAACUGACAAAAAUAAGAACGACAAUGAUGUUAAUAAAGAUGAUGGUCCACCAGCACCAAUCAAAAAUAUCCCUCUAGGUUACUACAUUCCCAUCUAUAUCCACUUAAGUUUACUCGAAGAAGAUGUUGUUGCCAAGUUGGAGCCAGGGCUCAAACAUAAGUCGCCAGAGGACUUGGCCUGCCGCGUUCAAGCCAAACUCACGCCUUCAUUUUCUACCUCCAGCCCAACGUCUACUCGGGACCUCAUCCAACAGGCCGCUAUACUUCAUCCCCAGCGCUGUUCGAAGAACAAAUGGCUGCACAAAACUCACAUCCUAGUCAUCGACACGGCAAACCCUGAUGAAAACGGUAUGCUGAUGGCUAAAUUGCCAUCGUGGGAUGGAAGUCACUCGGAAACAACAGGAAACAGACAAUUGCGCGGCAUCGGGAAAGGAACAUUUACUACCCCUCCGCACAUCCGAAUUCCGUAUUCUUGCAACGAUGGUCUUCAGACACGUUUCCUAAUUUUGGCUAAUGGUGAUGCUGACUGGCCAUCGGAAAGUGUGCGCGAGCAACCAGUCUUCAUCGCCUUCCAGUACAACACACAUGGAAAAGAGCUUGGCUUUUGUGCUGACUCGAUUGAUUCUGAGGCCGCUAAACGGAGCCCUGGAGAGGAGAGAUUGGUUUAUGCGCCGCAAGGGAUCAAGCGGCCAGGUCAUGGUCUGGAGCAGAUUAAAUGGAGUUAUGAUGAGGCUGUGAAACGAUUCCCUUGGUUCUGUCGUGAAAAGCGUUUCAUUGAGGGUCUUGAUAAGGAGUUUUUCAUCUGUGUAGAUGGUGAUGAUAUGACUAAGACCGGGUUGUUGCUUGUCCGUAGAAAAUGGGAUGGGAACUUGUGGGACCGAACUCGAGAUGAACUACUCGAUCUGCCUAUCGAUGAUGUCAGGACUGUGAGAGUUCCAGUCGAAGAGGCACUUGCCAUACUGGAGAAAGGGAGGAAGGGUGAAACAAAUGGGAUGAGUGAUGGCUUGAAGGAUUUCUUCUUGUAA